GUUCGUAUGAAUGAUAGUGGGUGUAAAAGGUUGUGUGUCAAAACAGACUGCACACAUUUUGUUUAUGUGAAAAAAAUCUGUUGUUGAUGUUGGUUCCAAGCGAAUGGAUUCGUCAAAUCAACCACAACUCUGUCGUUUAUGUUUGCGCACCAUUGAAGAUGUAGUGAACAUAUGGGAAACAUUUCAAGAUUCAACAAUCGCCACAGUUUUGGCAAAACAUUUCUGGUUUCAGCUCAACAAAAAUGACGGUCUGACGGAGUGGCUAUGCACGAUUUGUUGGGAACAAACUAAAGCGUUUCACGAGUUCUACGAAAGAGUGGAACAAUUCCAGAAGUCAUACUGGGAAUCGAUUAAGAGCGAUGGUGGUCGCAAUGAUGAGACCAUUGUUAUUGAGCCUGACUUGACUAUAGUGAAGUGCGAGGAAACAGAGCUGACAGUACAAGCGAUAGAUUCGCAACUAAAUGAAGAGGACGACUUCGAUUACAAUGACGAUUACGAUGAUGCAUCGAAAACAUCACAAACAUCCAGUGAUAACAGUCAAUCUUCGGAUAAACCUUCACAAAGUGAUGAUAACCGAAAGGUAUCCGCUAAACGGGACAUAAGUUCCUUCAGUCAAUCUGACAAAGUAAUCAAUCAGAAAAUCAGAGAGGAACAGAAUAAAGAACUGAAUGGUCAAAUCCGUGAAUGGUUCUCAAUGAAAUGCGAUAUAUGCGACGAAGACGAGUUCGACACCUGGUAUGGUGUUAAGUGUCAUUAUCGCAACGUCCAUCAGACUAUUGGUUAUCUGAAAUGUUGCGAUCAAAAAUUUCAUCGCCGUUGCAAGUUAUUGGAUCACAUUCGUCAGCACAUUAUCACUCCCGAGUCUAGCAAACUGGACGCUCAAAUCCGUGAAUAUUUUUCGAUGAAAUGUGAUAUUUGCCCCGACGUCCCAUUCGGAACAUUGGUGGAUAUGAGACGACAUUACCGUGAUGUUCACAAAAUGCAUGGCUAUCUGAUUUGUUGCGGUAAUAAAUUUAAUCGCCGAUACGCGAUCAUCGCCCAUAUGCGUUGUCAUACCAAUCCUGAUGAAUACCGGUGCGAGCAGUGUGGCAAGAGUUUUACGACGAACAAAGCGUUGAAAAAUCACAUCGACAAUCAUGUGCCGCUCGAUUCGCGCGCCUUCAAAUGUGAUUUAUGUACGAGUAGUUUCGCUAAAGCAGCGACUUUGAGGCGUCACGUCCAAGACAAACAUACUUCAAAGAAUGGCGAGAAAUUCCCUUGCGAAAAAUGCAAGAAAAAUUAUCGGUCCGAAUUGCUCCUGAAAUGUCAUAUUAGGCAGACCCAUGACACUUUACACAAUUUCGUCUGUGAGAUUUGUGCACGUCAAUUUAAGUCGAAACAAACACUCCAGAAACACGUUUUCUGCGAACAUGCGACAACGCCUCGACCGAAAGUCCAGUGUAAUAUUUGCGGAAAUUGGUAUAAGAACGAAUAUGGUCUUGCUAAGCAUAUGACCGAGCAACAUCGUCAUACCGACCCGGUCAGUUGUCCCGUUUGCAACAAGGUGUGUCCCACUAAGCACAGACUGAACCAGCAUUUGCGAACUGCUCAUGCUGAACGAAAGCACGAAUGUGUACUGUGUGACAAAGCGUUUCGGUGUCCCAAGAAUUUGAAGGAACACGUCGCAACACAUACCGGUGAAGAUCUAUACAAAUGUCAGUACUGCGAUAAAAAAUUCAAAUCUAGUGCAAACAUGUAUUCACAUCGCAAAAAUACCCAUUUGGUUGAAUGGACUCGAGACAAUGAGAAGAAAGCAUUUGCGGACAAGGCAGUAGUAUUACCAAAAGCUGAAAAAGAUAUUUAUUCAGUAGAAUUCAAACGAGUAAAAAAAAUUGUUUCUUUCUUCAUCAUGUUCGAUCGAACCGUUUUUGCAACAAUGUGUCGGCUUUGCCUGACUGAAAAAGCAAAAUUAGUUAGUAUUCAUUCCAGCGAGCACUCCAAUGCAACAAGGUCCACCAAAAAGGCUACACAAAUUACGAGACAAAUAAUUGAAACAUUCACCACAGUCAUGAUACAACCAGGGGACAAUCUGCCACAGAAAAUCUGUAUAAGUUGCGUUGAAGCAGUAAAGGCAAUGUUGGAAUUCCAAAAUAAAUGCAAACAAAACAACGAAGAAUUACUGAAAAGAAUUAUGGAUCAGCGGGAUCAGGAUGACUGUGAAGUGGAAGUCGAUAUUAAAAACGAAAUGGAAAUCAAAAAUGAAAUCGAAGUGAAAAAUGAAAGUGACGACGAGAUUUCGGAAGGGAUUGGCGUAGAUGAAAGUGAUUCGAUAUAUGUUCCGGAAGAAGUCGAUGAGGAUGAACGUGAGACGAAAGAAACUGUAGAUGUGAGCAUAGAUGAUGAUCGCGAUUCUUCAUCAAAAUCAGACGGGCAGGUCACAAAGAAAAAAUACCCGAAACGGAAACGGACGAGUCAAGCUAAACACUCCAAAGGAAUAAAGGCGUGUCACAUAUGUGGGAAACUAAUUCAGAAUUACAAGUUUCCCUUUCACAUUAACAAGCACAACGGAUUGAAACCAUUCGCCUGUGACAUAGAUGAUUGUGCGUCAGCAUUCGCAGCCCCUUAUGAGCUGCAGGUUCACAAGAGAAUGAUCCACUUUAAACAGCCAGAACAUAGCUGCGAUGUAUGUGGAAGAGCUUUCAAACGGAAGCAAGCGCUACGAAUACACCGAAGUUAUCAUUUUGAUCCAGAAAUUCCAUGCAAAAUUUGCGAGAAAUUGUUCAAGAAUGAAAGAGCACUCGAGAAACAUAUGCUGGUCCAUACCAUGGAACGAAAGUUCAAAUGUGAAACAUGUGAAAAAUCCUUUCAAACCAGAUACACCCUCCGCGUUCAUAAAAGAGUCCAUACCAAUGAGAAGCCCUAUUCGUGUCACUGCGGCAUGUCGUUCGCAUACAAUUGUUUACUGAAGGCACAUACUGAGAGAUAUCAUAAAUAAACGCAGGCGUAGAGUCUUCGCCGUCGACUUGAUGAAGUCAUGAUUUUGUAGAUAAAAUGGAAAUUAAAGGAAGUGUGAA